AUGCUUCUUAGUCUUGUGCCCCUACUCUAUUUGUUUGGGCUCGUGUACCCACAAAGGUAUCCACAAAUCAGAGAUCUUGAGUUUGGAGACCUCAAUUUUCUCCACACGACCGACACCCACGGCUGGUAUUCGGGCCACUUGAACCAGAAGAUAUAUGGCGCUGAUUGGGGCGACUUUGUAUCUUUUGCCCACCACUUGAGACAAUUGGCUCAUGCCAAUGGCCAUGAUCUUUUGCUUAUAGACAGUGGCGACCGUCAUGACGGCAAUGGGCUCUCAGACAUCACCGAGCCGAAUGGUGCUAGGUCACUUCCCAUAUUCAUCCAGCAAGACUACGACUUGCUAACUUUGGGCAACCACGAGCUAUAUGUUGCGGAGAAUCUGGAACAGGAAUAUGAAAUAGUCGCUUCACACUAUGGGGAGAAGUUUGUGAGUACCAAUGUGGAGUAUUUAAAAGGGGAAGAGUGGGUGCCCUUGGGUCAAAAAUAUAGGUACUUCACAACUCCUAUCCAUGGCACGAGGGUGCUUGGGUUAGGCUUCAUGUUUGACUUCAAGAGGUACAAUGAGAAAACACGAGUAACACCAAUUUCGGAGGUGAUUGAGCAGGACUGGUUCCAGCAAAUCCUCGACAACUACCCUGAAGAAAUUGUGGACACCGUUGUUGUGGUGACUCACGUUCCUGUGGACCGGAAAUGGAAUGAGUUGGCGUUACUUCAUGCUGAAUUGAGAACACACUACCCACAGGUAAAGAUUGAGUAUUUUGGAGGGCAUAGUCACAUUCGUGACUUUGUCGUCUACGACGAGAACCUGGUUGCUCUUCAGAGUGGCCGCUUCUGUGAGACUGUCGGCUUCUUGGGGGUGCACUUGAACAGCACGUCUGAGAAUGCCGCUGACUCUUUCACAAGAAAAUACAUCGACUUCAACACGCAGCUGUUCUUACAUCACAGUAAGAAGGAUACCCUCGAAGAGUUUGACACUAAGAAGGGUCUUUCUGUGAAGCACAUGAUUGCUGAGGCUAGAGAGGAGUUGGGUUUGGAUGAAGUGAUUGGCCAUGUCAAGAAAUCAAACUAUUUCAUGGAUUACGUGCCAACGUCACACCUGAAGAGUCUCUACAGAUUGCUCACCAAAAAAGUACUCCCUUCGCUCAAACCUUCGGCUGAUGUAGAGACAAGCCAAGAGAGAUUGAUAAUAAUCAACACAGGAUCUAUCAGAUACGACUUGUACAAAGGACCCUACACUAUCGACACUCACUACAUCAUUUCGCCUUUCAAAAAUGAUUGGGUGAGAAUCACUGUUCCCAAGUAUAUUGCAACUCAAAUCGCCCCGAAGUUGAACAAAAAUGGCUACAUCAUGGCUCAAGGAGAGAAAUUCUCGAAUGAAAACGACCAACUAAAGCCUCCGCAACAAUGGGACAAAGACAGGCUCAAAAAACGUGGACAGCAUCCAAUUGAAUUCUCUGAAUUUGACGUUGAUCUUGACCUCCACAAAGAUAAACUCAAAAAAGGCUACGUCACACAUGACGAUUUUGGCAAUACAGGGGACGACACACCACACAAGGCAGUGAUCAACUAUCCAAUUCCUAACGUCGUUCAAAGUGUGGAGCUUAAAAACACCGGUCGCAAAGCUCCCGUCGAUGUAGUAUUCUACAAUUUCAUAACCCCAAACGUGAAGCAGGUCUUUGAAGAAAUUCGGUAUCCGAUUCCAAAAAUUGAGUUCUAUUCUGACAAAUACCUUGGUCAGCUUCUUAAUGACUACGUUGCUGCAAAUGAAAUCUAG